AUGGACAUACAACUUCUACAGCAUCUAUAUGGCACAGACCUGAGCGCUGUCAAGGAAUGCAUUGAAGGUGCAGCAGGUAGUCUUCCAAGGGAGGUGUACGCUUGGAUCAUUGAAGAUGCAAACUUUCAAAGGUUCUUGCAUAGCUCACAGCCUCAACUGCUCUGGAUCAAUGGUGAUACCGGGCAUUGCCAAACUGUGCUGCUCUGCGGGAUCAUCGAUGAGCUAUGUGGGAUCUCUGACACGGUCGUCUCCUAUUCCCUCUAUCAGGGAACUAGCAGCUAUCUCGACACUGCCGCAGCUGUGGUGGGCGAGUUGAUUCGCCACCUUGUUGAGCAACGGCCAAACCUCCUUGGAUAUGUCCGAGAGAAGUACGACCUCUCCGGGAAAGCCCUAUCUGAUGACUUGGCUUCCUGGCAAGGGUUAGGCGAGGUACUCCAAGCCAUACUGGGCCACCCGUCGAUGAAUGAUGCAGUCUUGAUCAUUGAUAAUGUAGACGAACGCACCGCAGAGGUGGGGGAACUGUUCCAGUUCAUCACCCGAUCAUCUUCGGACUUUCCUUCGAAAUGGAUCUUGUCGAGCCGUGGCGGCAUGAGUCUUCGUCCACGGCUGGAUACCCGGACACAGGGCAGUUUUGCAGUGAUCGAUCUGGACUUGGCCAAGGAUCAAAUCUCCCAGGCCGUCGGCGCCUACGCCAGGUACAGAGCGGAAUGUUUGGCAGUGCUCAAGAACUACGAGGACUCGGUGAGAAGUGAUAUCUAUGCCUACCUGGUUUUCAACGCCGGAGGCGACUUCCUCUGGGUAUCCACGGUGUGUCGCGAGCUGGAAAACCAUCCACCUUGGGACAUACUGAAAUUCCUAAGUUCGCUGCCGGCUGGCGUUCUGUCGCUCUAUGACAAGCUUCAUCUCACCACUCGCCGCUCGCGGGAUGGAGAACUCUGCCAGGAGGUCUUGGCUAUCGUCGCCACCGUGUAUCGUCCUCAGACGGUAGCAGAGCUAAAGAUCCUUGUCAAGCCGUUCGAGUUCUUCCACAAAGAUGAAGCGCUCAGAUACUUUAUCACAUCCAACUGUGGCUCUUUCUUAACAAUUCGCGGAGACACCGUCGAUUUCAUUGACAGAUCAGCGAGGGACUACAUUCGCACCAAGAUUCCCCCUGCUGACGCCGCGCUCCAGCACAAGCAUAUCUUCAUUAGGUCCCUCGCCUCACUCUCUGGAAUCCUUCAUCGCGAUAUGUAUGCCCUCGGAGCGACAGGACAACCCUAUUCUUGCAUCCAUCGACCAACCCCCGACCCAUUAGCCCCCGUGCGAUAUGCCACCAUGUACUGGAUCCAUCAUUUUGCCGCACAUCGCCGCCUCGUGGAAGGUGGAGGGACGAGUGCGCUUGCGGACCUCAUCAGCGUGUUAACGUUUCUAAGAACAUUUGGCCUAUUUUGGCUGGAGUCUCAGAUGUUGAUUCAAGGAGACAUAGACAUAUCAGGGAUGGAGACCUUUAUCGAAUGGACUCCCUUGAAGAACCUGAGGGACCUAACCCAGGACCUGAUUCGCCUGGCCACUGACUUCAAGCCUGCUUUGCAGGCCUCGCCCAUGCAGUUAUACGCGUCAGCUCUGGUGUUUAGUGAGAACGAAACACCAGUCAGGCAGCAUUUCAAGGAACAAGCACCUCUCUGGGUUACAGGGCAGGCGAUCAGCAAUUCGUCCUCUGAGAUAGACCUGAGCCGGAUCCAAGUGCUUGAGCUCACACCUAAUGGCUCGCUGCUCGCCAUGGUUUCUGGAGAUUAUAUCAUGAUCCGGAAUAUGAGCACGCUCGAAACCACCUGGAUGUUUAGGGCAGAGGGAGUAUCGUGCAUGAGCUUCUCUUACCAUCCAUGGCUGGCAUGUGGCACAUAUCAAGGUUCAGUGCGAAUCUGGGAUGUUGAUAAGAAAAAGGCAUAUCGCCGAUUACCCAGAAUCGAUGAGCCUGGGGUUGCAGCACUCGCAUUCUCCUCGGAUGGCUGUCAGCUUGUCCUGGCAACUCUCAUCGACACCAUUGAGGUCUGGGACGUGCUAUCGCGCACUCUUGUGCGACGCUUUCCAUCUACCAGGCAGCUCACUAGCCGUUCGUUAAGGCAUCGAGGUGCCACACUUUUCAUGACGGACCGCGGGCCUCUGUCAAUCGACUCACGGGGACUGGCCCAGGCGACAGAGGCAGAGUUAGAGACGGACUAUCACGUUGGUUUUGAGGUCAGCGAUGGUGAUGAUUGGAUCACAAAGGACGGAUAUCCAGUGCUGUGGCUUCCUCCACUGUAUCGAGUAUCAUCUUCUACGGUAUCUGGAAACGUGGUUGUGAUCGGUUGUCAGGCAGGAGGGGUCUUGAGAUUUCAGUUUGCGUAA